UCGUACUUUUUGACGGAUACUUAACGAAAGUUAACUGUAUACAGUUAAUAGCUAUGUAUGUACAGUUAACAGCAGCUCGAUUCGUUAUUUGUAUGGCAACUCUACCUGCAGUGUUUCCAGGCAACCGACGAAGGGUAAGACUUUUUAUUUAGCCGUUAUAAACAAGAGCUGAAUUGAGCACAGGCUUAGCUGAUUGAUAAGAUGUCUGAUCAACUGGACCAAUUGGCCACGGCUGAGCUGCAACGCUUACAGCGACAGCAUCGUUCUCUGCAGCAGGAGCUGCGUGGGCUCCUGGAAGAGAAGAAGAAGCGUUUGAAAAAGCAAAAUCACUUGAUAAACGUCUUGCAAUUGGAGUUCGAGAAACUGAAGGAUGAAAUCAGAACACUUGAGGGCGGCACGCAUGCACGCAAAAAUACCAACAAAGAGAAGCAGCUGAGCUCUUUGCAAAAGCUUCAAGCGGAGGUGCAGCGCGUGCUGGAUAGUGAGCGCACCAAUCUGUGGGAACUGGAGGGGCACAUACGUAAAAUCGAAAAGGAAAUCGACACCUUGCGUCGCAAUGAGGUGCCUGACAUUUGCUACAAGGAUACAAUUUGCAAAGUGCAAAAGAGCGUGAUCAAGCUGGAGAAUCGCCUAGAUGUUGUCAAUAAAAAGUGUAGCGAUGUGCUGACAGAGAAUAGCAAAAUGCGGGAUGCCAUUAAUCACAUGCUGCAAGAUCGUGCUAACUUUAAUGAAAUGUGGCAAUCGAUGGUCACGCAGUUUAAUAAUGGCAAAAAACUCAUUAUGGACUUAAUUGAUCAAUCUACUUUAGCCUACGAUCAGCGACAGGAACUGUGCACGAAGCUUUCCGUGCUUAAGGAUCGCAAUGAGAACGACAAGGUCAUGCAUAUACAAGAGAUGCGUGAAAUGCAGCGUCGCCUCGAGCACGAUGCCAAGUUACAAAAGUUCUUUGAUAUCAAGGGCCAGAAGCGUCUCAACCCAGAGCUGGAGCAGCGCGAACUGGACAAGAAACAAACCCAAAAAGAGUCUUACGAGCGUCAGCUUUAUGAAUACAAGGAAAUCAUUGAAAGAAUCAAACAACUAUAUGGUGAGGAGGACACGGAACGUCUGGUAGCUCAAUUCAAGCGGCAGGAAGAUGAAAACUUUGCCCUUUUCAACUACGUAAAUGAGCUUAGUCACGAAGUAGAGGUCCUGAACGAUACAACGCAAGAGUUAACCGAAGAAAUUGAGCGUCAAAAAUCGGAGCAAACCGAAAAAGAGCUAAAGCUGAAAACUGAAGCUUUAGAUUAUCUAAACGCAGAGCUGGUCCGCAUUAAGCAACUUGGCCAGGAGACCAACGAAAAGAAGCAGAGUCUUAGCCUCAGAUUAAAGCAACUGCUCAAAGGCAUAGAGGAUAUAUUUAAACUACUAGCCUGCGAUGAUGCACCCAUACUUAAUGUGCUCAGCUCCAAGACAUUUUUGACUGUGCAUAACGUAAAGUUAUUUAUUGGUGUUAUUGAGCGCCGUGUCAAUCUCAUUAUCAGCACUAUUAACAUUGAGGAUAAUUCGAAUAAGAUAUUGGCUAGAAAAGAUCGGGUGCCAAAGUUCAAUAUACGUGAGUCUGCCAAGACCAAACACUAAAAAUCGUAGGCUGAGAAUAUUCUCCAUUUUAAAUAUGAUAUUUCUAAAUAAAAGCUUGUGUAAUUAGGCUUUA